AUGAGCACACGGAAUGGAAUAGGCUAUGGUGGAGGUCGCCAUGAUCUUUCUCCACAACUGAAACUUUCAUGGACAGAACGAAAAACCAUCAAGGAAAACACGGGAAAUGAAAAAAGUAAAAAGAUGACAGCUAAAUGUUUUAGAGAGCAAGUAUUACGCCAAUCUUGCAGAAAAUAUAAUGAAUCCAUUGCCAAGACAUUAAGUAUACAUGAAACAGCUAAAGAAAGGCUUUUAAGCUUAUCUGUGAUUUGGCCCGUGGAUAAAAAAAAACCUCCCUUUCCGCAAAUCCUCGUUUCUACCACAGUCACAGACCAUUCAGUUUUUAAAGCCUUUGGUCGUACAGAGAAGUCCAACAAUCCUUCUACUAUGCAACAUCAUCACUAUUUUUUUGUGUGUCUGAUUUUGAUGACAUUUAUUCACUGGGAAUGUGAAGCAUUUGAUUUUAAGAGCAUGUUGUUUGGGCAACAAGAAGUACCAUUAGGAGCUCCCCCACAAUUUGGUUUUCCCGAGACACCGGCAUCGCGAAAGUCAGAUUUAGUAAAUUGUAAUGGAUAUUUGUGUGAAUCUACCCUAAAGUGUGUACGUGAGCCGUCGAAUUGUCCUUGUAAACUCAAGACAGAUAUCAAGUGUCGCAUAGGUGAUUGGUAUACUUGUAUACGAGGAGAUCAGACCUGCAGUAUGAUCGAGUAUUUAGAUUAG